GCCGUCUCCCUCCGCCGAGCUCCGCGAGCCGGAACUAUGUAAGAAAAAGAAGUCAGCGUUCUCCCGCCCCUGUUCGCUCAGGUGCUCGACACUGGAGGUGCAGGUUCUCCUCAACUUCGGCCCGAAGUCCUUCCCUCUACAGAUGGAAGGAAAGUUUCGAGCCUGCGAGUGUCGGGUGGCGGCGUGGGCGGGACAUGCGGCGGAGGGAUUCCGGGCGCGCGCGCUGCGGCCGCUGGCGCGGAGCUUGUGGCGCCAGAAUUCGGAGCGCGGAAGAGCCUGAGCGGCUGCCGUCCCCAGCUCGGGCCCAUCUCCCGCCGCGGACGGCCGGGCGAAGCGGCCAGAAGAUGGUGGUCCUCCGCAGCAGCCUGGAGCUGCACAGCCACUCCGCCGCCUCAGCCACGGACUCCCUGGACCUGUCCAACGAGUUCCUCAGCCUGGAGCAGAUCGGCCGGAGGCGGCUGCGCUCAGCGACCGCCGCUGGGCAGUCCGCCGUCACCGCGGCCGCCGCGGGCGAUGGGUCUUCAGUUAAGGAAGUUGAAACCUACCACCGGACACGUGCUUUAAGAUCUUUGAGAAAAAAUGCACAGAAUUCUUCAGGUUCUAGUUUUGAAAAGAAUAUGGAAAUAACGGAGAAACAUGCUAAUGGCAGGCAUUUUACAAGGCAGUUGGCCAGACAGCAGGCUGAUAAAAAAAAAGAAGAGUGCAAAGAAGACAAAGUGAUUCCAACUACUCGGUCAUUGAGGACUAGGAACAUUGUUCAGACUACAGAACACUUGCAUGAAGAGAAUGGUGAUGUUGAAGUUCGCCGCAGUUGUAGGAUUAGAAGUCGUUAUAGUACUGUGAACCAGUCUGUGCUGUUUGACAAACUUAUAACAAACACUGCUGAAGCUGUACUUCAAAAAAUGGAUGAUAUGAAGAAGAUGCGUAGACAGCGAAUGAGAGAACUUGAAGACUUGGGAGUAUUUAAUGAAACAGAAGAAGGGAAUCUUAAUAUGUAUACAAGAGGAAAACAAAAAGAUAUUCAAAGAACUGAUGAGGAAACAACUGACAAUCAAGAAGGCAGUGUGGAAUCAUCUGAAGAGGGUGAAGACCAAGAAGAUGAAGAUGAUGGUGAAGAUGAAGAUGAUGAUGAUGAUGAUGAUGAUGAUGAUGAUGAUGAUGAAGAUGAAGAAGAUGGAGAAGAAGAUAAUCAGAAACGAUAUUAUCUUAGACAGAGAAAAGCUACUGUUUACUACCAGGCUCCAUUGGAAAAACCUCGUCACCAGAGAAAGCCCAACAUAUUUUAUAGUGGCCCAGCUUCUCCUGCAAGACCAAGAUAUCGAUUAUCUUCUGCAGGACCAAGAAGUCCUUAUUGUAAACGAAUGAACAGGCGGCGGCAUGCAAUCCACAGUAGUGACUCUACUUCAUCUUCCUCUUCUGAAGAUGAGCAGCACUUCGAGAGGCGAAGAAAAAGGAGCCGUAAUAGAGCUAUCAACAGGUGCCUCCCACUAAAUUUUCGGAAGGAUGAAUUAAAAGGAAUUUAUAAAGAUCGAAUGAAAAUUGGAGCAAGCCUUGCUGAUGUUGAUCCAAUGCAACUGGAUUCUUCAGUACGAUUUGAUAGUGUUGGUGGCCUGUCUAAUCAUAUUGCAGCUCUAAAAGAGAUGGUGGUGUUUCCUUUACUUUAUCCAGAAGUCUUUGAAAAAUUCAAAAUUCAACCUCCAAGAGGUUGUUUAUUUUAUGGUCCACCUGGAACUGGAAAAACUCUGGUUGCUAGAGCACUGGCCAAUGAGUGCAGUCAAGGGGAUAAGAGAGUAGCAUUUUUCAUGAGGAAAGGUGCUGACUGUCUGAGUAAAUGGGUAGGAGAGUCUGAAAGACAGCUACGAUUGCUAUUUGAUCAGGCUUAUCAGAUGCGCCCAUCAAUUAUUUUCUUUGAUGAAAUCGAUGGUCUGGCUCCAGUACGGUCAAGCAGGCAAGAUCAAAUUCACAGUUCUAUUGUUUCCACCCUGCUAGCUCUUAUGGAUGGACUGGACAGCAGAGGAGAAAUUGUGGUCAUUGGUGCUACCAACAGACUGGAUUCUAUUGAUCCUGCUUUACGAAGGCCUGGUCGUUUUGACAGAGAAUUCCUUUUCAGCCUACCUGAUAAAGAUGCUCGAAAAGAAAUUCUGAAGAUUCACACAAGGGAUUGGAAUCCUAAACCACUGGACGUAUUUCUAGAAGAACUAGCAGAAAACUGUGUUGGAUACUGUGGUGCAGAUAUUAAGUCGAUAUGCUCUGAGGCUGCUUUAUGUGCUCUACGUCGCCGCUACCCACAGAUAUAUACCACUAGUGAGAAACUGCAGUUGGAUCUCUCUUCAAUUAAUAUCUCAGCUAAGGAUUUUGAGGUAGCCAUGCACAAGAUGAUACCAGCCUCCCAAAGAGCUGUGACAUCACCUGGGCAGGCACUGUCCACCAUUGUGAAACCACUCCUGCAAGGCACUGUUCACAAGAUCCUCGAAGCCCUGCAGAGAGUAUUUCCACAUGCAGAAAUCAGAACAAAUAAAGCAUUAGACUCAGAUAUUUCUUGUCCUCUGCUAGAAAGUGACUUGGCAUACAGUGAUGAUGAUGUUUCAUCAGUAUAUGAAAAUGGACUUUCUCAAAAAUCCUUUAAUAAGCCUAAAGAAAAUUUUAAUUUUCUUCAUUUGAAUAGAAAUGCUUGUUAUCAGCCUAUGUCUUUUCGACCAAGAAUAUUGAUAGUGGGAGAACCAGGAUUUGGGCAGGGUUCUCAUUUGGCACCAGCUGUCAUCCAUGCUUUGGAAAAAUUUGCAGUAUAUACAUUAGACAUUCCUGUUCUUUUUGGAGUCAGUGCUACAUCUCCUGAAGAGACGUGUGCCCAGAUGAUUCGUGAAGCUAAGAGAACUGCACCAAGUAUAGUGUAUGUUCCUCAUAUUCACUUGUGGUGGGAAAUAGUUGGACCAACACUCAAAGCCACAUUUACCACGUUAUUACAGAAUAUUCCUUCAUUUGCUCCGGUUUUACUACUUGCAACUUCUGACAAACCCCAUUGUGCUCUGCCAGAAGAGGUGCAAGAAUUAUUUAUUCGUGAUUAUGGAGAAAUUUUUAACGUCCAGUUACCUGGUAAAGAAGAACGGACAAAAUUUUUUGAAGAUUUAAUUCUAAAGCAAGCUGCUAAGCCUCCUCUAUCAAAAAAGAAAGCAGUUUUGCAGGCCUUGGAGGUGCUUCCAGUAGCACCACCACCUGAGCCAAGACCACUGACUGCAGAAGAAGUGAAACGACUAGAAGAACAAGAAGAAGAUACAUUUAGAGAACUGAGGAUUUUCUUAAGAAAUGUUACACAUAGGCUUGCUAUUGAUAAGCGAUUCAGAGUAUUUACUAAGCCUGUUGACCCUGAUGAGGUUCCUGAUUAUGUCACUGUAAUAAAGCAACCAAUGGACCUUUCGUCUGUAAUCAGUAAAAUUGAUCUCCACAAGUAUCUGACUGUGAAAGACUAUUUGAGUGAUAUUGAUCUAAUCUGUAGUAAUGCUUUAGAAUACAAUCCAGAUCGAGAUCCUGGAGAUCGUCUUAUCAGGCAUAGAGCCUGUGCUUUAAGAGAUACCGCCUAUGCAAUAAUUAAAGAAGAGCUUGAUGAAGACUUUGAGCAGCUGUGUGAAGAAAUUCAGGAAUCUAGAAAGAAGAGAGGUUGUAGCUCCUCCAGAUAUGCCCCAUCUUACUACCAUGUGAUGCCAAAGCAAAAUGCCACUGCUGUUGGUGAUAAAAGGUCAGAUCCAGAGCAGAAUGAAAAACUGAAGACACCCAGUACUCCUGUGGCCUGCAGCACACCUGCCCAGUUGAAGAGAAAAAUUCGCAAAAAGUCGAAGUGGUACUUAGGCACCAUAAAAAAACGAAGGAGAAUUUCACAGACAAAAGAUGAUAGCCAAAAUGUCGUGAGUGACAAAAUUGAGAGUGAUACAGAGGAAAAUCAAGAUACAAGUGUAGACCACAAUGAGACUGGAAACACAGGAGAGUCUUCAAUGGAAGAAAAUGAGAAGCAGCAAAAUGCCUCUGAAAGCAAAAUGGAAUUGGGAAAUAAUACUUCGAGUAAUUGUAGUAUUGAGAAUGAACUUGAAGAAUCUGGGAAGAUUACAGCAUGUACAGAAUUGAGGAAAGAUAAGAUUGUUUGCAAUGGAGAUGCUUCUAGCGCUCAGAUAAUAGAUACUCCUGAUGAAAAUGAAGCAAAAGAAAUGUGUGUUUUGCGAAUGACUCGAGCUAGACGUUCCCAAGUCGAACAGCAGCAGCUCAUCAGUGUUGAGAAGGCUUUGGCGAUUCUUUCUCAGCCUACCCCCUCACUUGUUGUGGACCACGAGCGAUUAAAAAAUCUUUUGAAGACUGUCAUUAAAAAAAGUCGAGAGUACAAUAUUUUUCAGUUGGAAAAUUUGUAUGCAGUAAUCAGCCAGUGUAUUUAUCAGCAUCGCAGGGACUAUGACAAAACAACACUUAUUCAGAAAAUGGAGCAAGAGGUAGAAAACUUCAGUUGUUCCAGAUCAUGAUGUCAUGGUAUCGAAUAUUCUUUAUCUUCGUUUCCUAUUUAAUCCACCUUUGUCGUGUCCACAUAACUGAUGCAAGAUGAAAUCCUGCAUCUUUAAGGAAAAGAUUAAAAUAGUAAAUAAAAAUAAAAAUAUUUAAACUUUCCUAGUAUUUAUGUACAUAUGUAAGAUAAAUUACAGAGAUAAGUGAUAAAUAUUGGCAGUUGGAUUGAACAAGGCAGAGUAAGAGUAAUGCUGUGGCAUAUCAGUAGUUGAAGUGUGGCCAACUCGUAAUGAAGUUAUUUUGAUAACUAAUGUUUUAUGGCAUUUACGAGUAAUUAGUGACAUCGACAUUUUCUGUUUUAAGCACUUUUAAUUUUAUCCUUCCUAAAAAUAGUUUAUUGUACCAGACUAGAAAUUUACUUAACCAUUGUGUCUUUGCCAUUGUUUUUGUUGUCUUUGUCCUCCUUGGUGCCCAUCUCUGAUCUGCCUUUAGCUUCCCCUGCCCAUUCACUUAAAAGCCAAUGUUCAAGUCAUGAUUUGCAAAAGGACAUGAACAACUUCUGGCUGCACCACAAUUCUGUACUUGACUGUUCAAAAUUAAUGCUUUUUAUAUAAACAUUUUUCUAAUCCUGAUUUGGGUUAAUAGAAGUUUUAAAUAUUUUUUGGGUUAUUUUUAUGAUUAUACACACAACAAAUGUAUUAAUAACUACUUUGUUAAACAGCUUUUUAAUACCACAAAGUUUUUAUAUUUGCAAACUGUUUAUAUCAUUCUAAAUUUAUGCUUAGGUUGUAUUCUAUAGAUAGCUUCUAUAUACAAUUAUAUAAAUAUAAAUAUUAUAAAUUUUGUAUUAAUGAUACCAAAAAUAUAUGUCUUUCUUAAAGCAAUAAAGCCAUUCAUCACCAUGCAUAUUCUUUUUUUUUUUUUUAGGAGACAUUCUAAUAUUAGUUUGUAAAAUAGCUUCUGUUGGAAACUUGUUUCAAAGGAAUAGGGAAUAAUGAUCUCAUAUGAGAGAUUCCGGAUUCUAAUACAGGUUCAAAGUUGAGCUGCCUUUUGUUAUUGAUUUAUGUGGAUAUUGUAUUUAAAACCUUCUAAAACCGAGUAAUUCAGAUAGCUUAAUUAGUAGAUACUAUCUUAUGUAACGCAUAAAGCAAUGUCAGUCACUGGAAACAUUUAAGUACUAUGUGUAUAUUCCUGAAUUCACACACACACAUAUAUACUCAUGUGUAUUGAAGUUUAUUAUAACUUAUUCCAGAUGCAUCUUAUGUAACUAGGAUUUCAUUUUGUAUGUAUAGCUUCUGUAAUAAAUUUUAAAGGUGAAAA